UACACACGCAAACUCCUGCUCUUACACAUCGCUUUACACACAGGCAGGGAUCUUACGCACGAAGGACUUUGCAUGAGAGGAAACCAAACCAGGAUCUGGACAACCUGUAAGCUUCACAUGGCACAUGAUCUGGAAUCCUAAAAACGGACAGAAACCACCUGAACCCAAAAGCACAGGCUCUUUUCCUAAGUGAUUUACAUUGCAAAGCCGCAAUCUACUCGUCUCGGACUUGCGUAACCAACUAUGUCAAAGGAUGAGGCAAUUCCGAGCCCACCUCCAGAGUGGCCGGAAGAAAUCUUAAUGUAAACAUAUAUUGGAAAAGCCUGGAGGAGAAGUCAUCAUGAGAAGGAAUCUCUAGGACACUGGUAGAGUACUUCAUAACCAACCCGCAGAAGGCUCUCGCCGUCGACUCAUUACAUGGAUAUACAGUGUGGAUGGACAGCUCACGCUAGCGCCUCCAUGAGGGAUUUGCCCUCCCCUCCUGUUGCCUGAGGUCAACCCAACACAACGCCACCUUGAUAAGUCUGGCUUAGCUGGCCACUUGUUUCAAUGCUCCACGCUGCUCUAAGAUGAGGGUAUGGAAAGAGGUCACCCUCGCCUUCAUCCUGUUUGGUGCCUCAUUUUUCCUCCUGCUUUUGAAAACCACAUCACCUGUUGGGUCUUCCUACCCAAAGGCCUUAGGGAUAUCAUCAGACCCUUCCUCACAGCCAGCAACCACAGCACUUGAACCGCCACCAUCAUUCUCAUCUUCAUUCUCAUCAACCUCAUCGAGGAAGCCAAUGCCGCGCCGAGCAGUCAGAGCCACUGAGGACAUGGGCUCUUUUCUCUCAGAAUUCUCGUACCUCUUCCAAAGCUUCACCGAGGGCGAGCUGAAGAAGGUGAUCACGACCCUGGUGGACCGGAAGGAGAGGAGGAUCAGAACCGAGAUGGGACGGAGAACCAAACGAGCGCGGAAGGGCCCAAAGCCGUGCUCUCUGCACGAGAUCGAGCUCACGGUGAGCGAGCUCGGGCUCGGGUACGAGAGCGACGAGACGGUGAGCUUUAGGUACUGCAGCGGGAAGUGCAUCCACGAGCGACGCAACUAUGACUUUGUAAUGGAGCACAUGCAGAUAAAUAACAGCUCCAGUGAGAAAGGCCGGCGAGGACGGGAUAACGGAAAAAAAGACAAGGCACGCAACGCCCCAUGUUGUCGCCCUACAAAGUUUGAGAAGAAAAUGUCUUUCUUUGACAACAAGGACAGGUUCUACACCAUCCAGAACGUCUCUGCGAGAGCAUGCGGUUGCGUAUGACGAACUGUGGAAACGUCAGGGAGAAUGUCUAUACAUUACGAAGGCAACCGAGAACGUUUCAAAAUUCCGUGGUAACCAUAGGAAUUUUGGAAAGGGCGACCAUGUGACACACAGAAACCAUGGAACUAUUCGAGAGCGUAGGGCAAAUUGCAAUUCUGAAAAAGAUGCUGAGAGGGACCCACAAUGCCACCAUGGAAAAAGUGAAAGCUACAGAAAAGCGAUACGCAAAACACAAAAGAUAAGGCCUGAAUUGUCUAAAGCCUUGGCAACUAUGGGAUAAAGAUUUGUUUCUGCCUUUUCAGUGGUUACUGGCACUUUUGAUUAGCACAGGGCAAUGGACUUUAACCAAAGGUGGAUCGCUGGUUUAAUUCGAUGGGACCAAAAGCUGGCGGGAGACUACUUUCGCCUUCCACUGGAAACUUCUGCAGAAGAACAAGUACAGAUAUAGUAGUAUUUAACCGAAGAUAUAAAUAUAUAGAUUAAUGGUAGAGGGCUACAGCGACAACUGUAUGAUGCUCGCUAUUGUUACGAAUCUGAACACUGAAGUAUGAAGUGCAACGCAGCUGUGAAAACUACCUCAUUUCUUUCUUUGUUUCUUUUUUGUUUGUUUUCUUAGAAGAAUGUAGGCCUACAUGCAAUGAAUCUUGUUCUACCGCACCCACUUCCUGGGAUUACGCUAAUCAGAAAUAUGAAUCAGAGGUAUACAUGUAGAGAAAUGUUUCUCGACCAAAAUCUCCUAGGAUGGAGAUUACCUAAAACAACACUGUCACUUGAAACGUAUAUGCACACUAUUUCAAACCCCUGAAUUUGACCUUAAAGCCUUGCCAAAGCAUGUCUGAUCAAAUCCAAGCUUCUCCUGUCCUUGAGACAAUUUACACCCUGAUAUUUACAUUUAAAAUAGGAAUAGGCAAUCCAAUUCAAUGGCCAAUAGGGAAACGUUUAGCUUAAAAAGUUUUCCAAAAGGUGUUGUCCCUCAAAGAUCUUAAAAGUUCAUUUUUCUCAUGGUCAUGUUUACAUUCUUUUAGACAAUGAUACUUGAGAUACAUUGUCUUUUGGAAAGUAAUUCCAGGUUUGGUCCUU